AGGGAUGAAAUCAACAAUAUGGAAGAAAAUUGCAACAUACAGAUGGUAUGGGUAGAAUCAAUAUAAAAUAUAUUUGGGCUAAGAUUUGAAAAACUAUCUUGUUUGGAUUAAUUGUGUCCCUACCUUUCUCCCUGACUCUAUAUGCAACAUCUUUGUAAUCACUCUGAAUAAUAUCGUCCAUCAGUGAAGCGUUACGUGUGAUGCCGACUAGUCAACCUUCUUCCGUGCAAGCAUGCUGCACACGCCAACGGCGACGCACAUAGUCAUAGACCUGUGCCAACUGGUCAGCCUAAUUUCCUGCCUAUAUAAAUUAACAACAAGGAGAACGAAGAUAUUAUUACUAUAUGCACUUACAAAUUCAGUUCAGAGCACAGACACAGGAGAGCAGAUAGUGUAAUCGUGAGGGGAAGAGAUCGGUCGAAGACGAUGGCGGGCGAAGGAGAAGGCGUCAAGCUGCUGGGCACGGUGGUGAGCCCGUUCGCGGUCCACGUGCGCAUGGCACUGCACCUCAAGGGUGUAAGCUACGAGGACCUGGAGCAGGACCUGUUCGACAAGGGCGACCUCCUCCUCGCCUCCAACCCGGUGCACAAGAAGGUCCCCGUCCUCAUCCACGCCGGCAGGCCCGUCUACGAGUCGCUCGUCAUCGUCGAGUACGUCGACGAGGUCUGGGCCGGCGCAGCCUCGCUCCUCCCCGCCGACCCCUAUGACCGUGUCGUCUCCCGAUUCUGGGCAGCCUACGUCGACGACAAGGUGGUCUCCGCGAUGCUAGGCAUCCUGCGCGCGACCACCGAGAAGGAGCGAGCGGAGAGGCUCGACGCUGCGCUCGCGGCGGUCAGGCCCUUGGAGGACGCCUUCGACGCUUGCCCUGGCGGCAAGGCCUUCUACGCCGGCGACUCCGUCGGGUACCUCGACCUCGCGCUCGGGUGCCACCUCUUCUGGUUCGAGGCGUUGCGCGAGAUGUUCGGCGUGAUGGUCAUCGACGCGGGCAGGAACCCGCGCCUGGCCACCUGGGCUGGAAGGUUCCUGGAGACGGAGACGGCCAAGAAGGCGGCGUCGCCCAUUGAGAGCAUAGUGGAAUACGCGGGUCCUUGUUUCUUCCAUGGAGAUGAGAUGAGAGUCUUGGGAGAGGAGGAAGCAGAGAGCAGAACGGCGCGGCCGCAAAGGAGGCGCACACACUGCUGUAGGGGGAGCGGGUAUCUUGAGAGCUCGCCGAUGCGGAGCAGGCAGCGGAGGCCGUGGGCCGGAAGACGAGGGUGACUGCGAGGGGGUUCACGUAAGAAUGAAACGUUUUUUAACUCAGAAAAGGACCGCGGGUUGAAUAGCUGAAAACAGAAGGACCUUUUUGCAAAACCGCCAGCGACGUACGGCAGCAGCGAUCCAUGGUUUAUUAUUAGGAGAGAUAAAUGUUAAAAACGCUA